CAGACUUGGCCGCUCCCCGCCGCGCUCACACCCGCACCGCGCGGCCAUGGCGUGCAAGGAGCAGAGCGUGAGCAUCGACCUGCAGCCCCAGGGCCUGCCUCCCCCCUACCCCGGCGCCCAGCAGGGCUUCCCGGCCGAGCAGCCGCGCGACUUCGUGCUCUGGUCCAUCUUCAACGUCCUGCUGUGCCAGAAGCUCGCCUGCCUGGGCUGCCUGGGCUUUCCCGCGCUCAUCUUCUCUAUCAAGGCUCGAGAUCGGAAAGUGCUAGGGGACCUGGAAGGUGCUCGGAGCUAUGGCACCACCGCCAAGGUGUUAAACAUCAUCGGGUCACUGCUGGUGGUAGUUGCUAUUGCUGCGGUCCUUUUCGUUUACUUUUGGAGACCUUAACAGCAUCCGUUUAAUGAAAUUCCUGGGACUGACACCAGCCAGGCAUUCAGAGAGGGGAUUGGUAGAUAACUCAAAUGGCGAGCCAAUGACCCCCUGCUGGCUGUUCAUGCUAUGAUGGAAAUUCACAACAGGUCAUGAGUUCAAAAAUUGACUCAUGAAUAACACCAUUGUAGCUUUGAUGCUAGUUAUGUGGUCACCCUCAUUUCAAAUCUGCGCAGGCCCCCACUUCUCUGCUUCAUGCACUGUGGCCAUGGAAUCAGCCACUACUUACUUGUUCCUCUUCCAGCCUGAUCCAGCUGUUUACCUUUUUUGGGUUUCUUGCACUGAAAAUCAUCCACAUUCACUGCUGUUGUGACCCUCCCUCUCUGCAGUGCCUGACAUGGAGAGUAAUAGAUGAUGAGGUCAGAGGAGGCUCCAGUCUACCUCACUUUGUUCCUAGAGAUGGACCAAGACCACCCACUCUUUGGGGGAGUUGGGAUCCAAGCUUUGCCAUUGGCCCCCAUUUCUACAAUGGGCCAAUCAAAACAUGGGUUCCAAAUCCCCCUCACACACACCCCCCCCCCCCCGCUCCCCAUGCUUUGGGACAUUUAGAUUUGGAUUCAAACUCUGUGCCUUGGCCCAGUUUUAUGUGUCUGUAUCAACCCAGCAAUAAUGUUCGCCCGGGGCAGUAUUUACACACUAAAGCCAUCUGCAGAGA